GAUGGCGGCCGGUGGUCGUUCCUCAACUUUGACCCUGGUACGUCAUCUUCGGGAGUGCUCGGCUCUUCGGGAACCUUCGGAAAUUCUUCCGGUGGAAUGCUGCCCGUUGAUUGGCUGCCAUUUUUGAAUUCACGGCGCUAACCGGCGGAGCGCGGACCAAGCGCCAAGUCAAGUUGGUUUUCCUGAAAAAGUUGUCCAAGAUGUCACUUGUUGCCGCAUUUGAUGACCUGGUGCGAUGCACCACCGUGUUGACACAAGGCUGUGAAUCAGAGUUCCUGCAGUUUGUGCGGAACCAGGAGCAGUGUCGUCAGCGAUGGCUGGCCGCGGAGAUGGAGUCAGGCGGGAUGAGAGAGAGGCUGGUCAAACUCCAGGCCGAGAAGGACGCUCUGGAGACUAAACUCAAACACGCCAGGAAUCAGGUUGAUAUAGAGAUGAAACGUCGCAUGAAGGCUGAGGGCGAGAAGGACACUUUGGAACGACAGGUAGCCCUGGUGCGGGAACUGUUGGAUGAUAAACAGCGCAGCAUGCUGGAUGAGAAGGGCAGGGAGAGUCUGGCUGCCCUGGCCAGCGCCACAAACCUCAAGUCUCCGGCUAAAAGGCUUUCGGCAAUAGAUGAAUCCAAUGGUUCGAUUCUCUCUGCAUCUGACAUCAGUUACGAUCGUACAGAUGAUGACUUGGAUGCGGAUAUUUCUGUCUUGAGGAAUGGAUCAGAAUGGAAGAGACAUUCGCAUGGAGGCAAAAAGCGUCCCAGUGCACCACCCAAAGAAGACGACAGUCCUGCUGCCAAGACCAUCAGGACAGAUAUAGACAAUGUUGGGGUUGGUGAGACCUCCAUUAUCACCACCACCACUGUGACCUUGGAUGGUGAAGGUCGAGGAACAGCCACCGCCAAGAUUGAGACGCACCCCAAGGCUCGUCUGAACCGCAGCUUCAGCCAGCCACUGCCAAUAACUCUGGACAAGCGACCAGAUACUCCCGACAGUGAUUCCACAGACUCGUUCUGGGGUACUCCGGCCAGCACACUGAAGGGCGGCAUCAGCACACCACAACUCACACCCAGCAGACCUGCAUGGUCAAUGCAGGGAACAAAUAAAAGGGUUCAGGGUGUUCUCAAACCAACCACGGGUGGAGGUCGUCCGCACAUGUUCUGUUCCAAAACAGUCAUCAAGCCUGAAACCUGCCUGCCAUGUAAUAAGAAGAUCAAGUUUGGAAAAAUGGCACUGAAAUGCAAAGACUGCCGUGUGGUGUGCCAUCCUGAUUGUAAGUUCAAAGUCACCAUGCCCUGUGUUCCCAGCAACACUCCAACCUCGGGCAAGAAGCAGACGAACAAGUACAUGUACAACCAUGCAUCUAGUCUACAGCUUGAAUUGGAGAACUUCUUGCCACCAUAUGGACCUAUGAUACCAGCUCUGGUGGUCCAUUGCAUUAAUGAGAUCGAGUCCAGGGGAAUGCUGGAGGAGGGGCUGUACCGAGUUCCUGGGUCCGAACCAGCAAUAAAGGACCUGAGGGAGAAAUUCUUCCAAGGCAAGACUCCAAAUAUGGCUAAGGAAGACAUCCACGUUGUCUGUGGCUGUCUCAAGUCCUUCCUGCGGGGUCUGAGGGAGCCGCUGGUGACCUUUAACCUUCACCCCAACUUCAUGAGAGCCACGGAAAUCAGUGACGAGCAGGACUUUGCGACGUCGCUGUACCAGGCCGUGAGCGAGAUGCCGCAGCCGAACCGCGACACCCUCGCCUUCAUCAUCCUCCAUCUGCAGAGAGUGUCAGAGAGCAAGCGGACCAAGAUGGGGAUGUCUAACCUGGCCAAGGUGUUCGGCCCCACCCUCGUCGGCCAUGGCUGCCCCGACCCUGAUCACAUGACCAUGCUGGCCGACACACGCAAGCAGCCCCGGGUAAUGGAGGGGCUGUUGCUGAUGCCCUCAGACUUCUGGCGGAGGUUUGCGGAGGAGGACAACGAGAACCUGGCGUCCCCCGCCGUCGGGAACGUCAUCACAAACCCCUACUCCAUGCGCACUCCCGAGGGCAGACAAGAAGACGGUGCAAACGAUCGUAAGACCAAAGAGAAUGCAGAGAAUGCAGCUCCCAAGGGCAGCAUGUUGGGACCGGUACGGACGCCUAACUCUACAGACACUCACGUGAAGAAGUCAGGGUCUACGAGCUCGCUGGACAGAGCCAAGGGCUUCCUACAGCGAACACCACUUACACCAAGGUUUGGUUCAAAAAGUGCGAAAUCUACAAGCAAGCGUAACUUCUUUGCCUCCCCCAUGCUGAAGUGAUCGAAACUGAUGGUUGCCAAGUGACGAUCUCCACAAAACGACGAUAAAUGAUAUGAAAUUAUGACAACGACUUAAUGACAUGUUCCUUGGACCAUAUAUUUUUUUGUUUCCAAUACAUUCAAUGAGUGAUUAUGCAUUACUACUUAGUGAUCUAAUUCUGGCACAAUAUAUAUAGUAGUGGUUAACACUUUUUUGUCACAGGUAUUAUAAUUGACAAAUGUUGAAAUGUUGCACUAGUCGCAACUACAAUAAGUCUAUAUAUGCCGUUUGAUCCUUUUUGUUGCUUUCUAAGUAGGCUUGUUUUUUUAUGGCCCUGGGAACAUGUUGUUGAGUAUUUGUUGAAUCUACUUGACUCAAAUAUGUCCGCUCGAUAUGCACUAGUCUAAUAAUUGUAUGAUAUUAAGAAAUCUUUUUGUUCUUUUGUAGAGAGCGAAGUACUAGUAAGAAAAACAUUAAAAUCGCUAAGUGAAAAAUUCAAUUACGUCAACUUGUAUUUAUCCAAGGACAACCCUAUAUAGUGUCCUUGAUUUAUCAAAAAGAAGGCUACCUGAAUACUAGUACAAUGUAUGUUCCUAUUCAUAUUGUUAUGACAGUAAAGUGAAAUUCUUUGCAACACUCCAUAUUCAUAGAGUUUUAGUGUUGUACC